UUCAGCCCAGCUGCCCCAUCCCAAAUCAGUCUCUCCUCGGUCUCUCUCCUCCCUGCGCCGCCACCCCCGCCGCCACGGCGCCUGCCGGUGAACCCCUCCGUUGGCGACCAUCGCGCUCGCCACCGCCCUCCCCACCGCUCGGCUCCUCCUGCGCGGGCGCAUGGCCUCCUCCGCCUCCGUUGCGGCCCUCACCGCACUCCCCUUUCCCACUUGCCCCUCCUCCGACGACUCUGACGACGCCAAGCCCCUCCCGCCUCCACCCGCGUCGGGAGAAACCCGCCCUCCUCCGCAGCAUCAGCAGAGGCCGCGGUGGUGGCAGCUGGAGCGCGACUGCAACGUGGCCAUGAAGGCCCUGGCGCGUGCGGGCGAAGUCGACCAGGUGCUCGCCCUCUUCAGAGAGCUCAGGGCUUCCAGAACCGGGCCGGGAGGUGCCUCGCCGCCCAAUGUGCUUUGCUACAACACUCUCGUCAAUGCGCUCGCAGAAGCUGGCCGGGUGGAGGAGGCCCACAACGCGUUCGAUGAAAUGCUUGCAGCAGGGGUGGCGCCCAAUGCAUCGUCCCUCAACAUCCUUGUCAAGCUGCAUUCGUGGAGAUCUGCGCGGUUUGACCUCGCGUACAAGGUGAUCAUCCAGUUGCAAGAGCUCGGGGUGGAAGCUGAGGUGGGCACCUACUCCACGCUUGUCACGGGGCUGUGCCGUGUGGGGAGAGUGGGCGAGGCAUGGGGCGUGCUCGAGUGGAUGCUGGAAGUGGGGUGCCGUCCCAUGGUGCAAACUUACACGCCCAUUGUACAGGGGUAUUGCCGUGAAGGUCGUGUCGACGAGGCCAAGGAGCUGAUGUCCACGAUGGAAAAUGCUGGUUGUCCUCCCAAUGUAGUCACCUACAAUAUUCUGAUCAGGGCUUUGUGUGAUGCUGCCAGAUUUGACGAAGUCAGGCAAGUUUUAACGGAUAGUAGAACCAAGGAUUGGAAACCCAGUACUGUCACCUACAACACAUUUAUGAAUGGUCUCUGCAAGAAAGGUAUGGCUAAAGAAGUACUUGAGCAGUUGGAUGUUAUGCUAGGCGAAGGGCUGGAUCCCACAGAUUUCACUUUGAGUAUUCUUCUGAAUUGCCUUUGCCAUGACAAGAGGAUUCAUGAUGCCGUAUGCUUGCUGGAGAGGAGCACAUCAUUGAAAUGCUAUGCUGGUGUUGUUGCAUACAACACUGUGAUGAGCUGCUUAGGUGAAAUGGGACAUUGGAUGAGUGCUCUAAAGUUGUUGACAGACAUGAUCAAGAGAGGUGUCAUGCCAAACACGAGGACAUUCAACAUUGUCAUUCGUAGUCUUUGCUUUCGCCGAAAGUUCUCCAUAGCCAAGAGCCUCGCAAGUAACCAAGGUUUUGCUGCAAAUGUCGUGACAUACAAUACACUCAUUUAUUUUGUUUUUUACUACAGUCGAAAGCUCAGUGAGGUGAAGGACCUAAUAUUUGACAUGACAGCAGAGAGGAUUGCUCCAGAUGAAGUUACCUACACUAUAAUCGUUGAUGGAUUAUGCAGAGAUGGAUUUUUUGAUACAGCCACUAGUUACUUUCUAGAAUCGCUUGAGAUUGGACUGUCAAGGGAUCUUUUUGCUGUCCUUACAAACAGGCUUGCUCACAAUGGCAAAAUCUGGGAGACAAUUCACAUAUUCAAGGGAAUGGAAGAAAAAGGUUUUAUCCCCGAUAGUUCUAUAUUUGACCUCACAAUCAGAAUAUUCUGUAGGGCUGGUUAUUGUCACGACACAGAUAUGUUUAAGGUUAACUUUAUUCUGGAUACGAUGUUGGGAAAGCAGUGAACUGAACCCUUGUGUAUCUAGGAAAGCCGGCAAUAAUUGAAGACAUGAAUGAAGAGUCGACAUUACUAAAGAUACUGACACAUGUAGUGUCUGGCUUUUAUAACACUCUGUACAUGGUACAAAGAUGGCCACAUGCCUGUUCAUGUUAACAUAUUCCACACUGCCACUUGACAGAUGAAGUCUAACUGGUGAGUUCUGGAAAGAUUGCCAGACUUAGUUGACAACAUAGAAAGAUUUUUGUAGUGGGUACUGAAGUGAAAUUACAUUGAUUUACAUAAAUGGUGUUACUUUUGUAUCUGGUGUUGUAAACUAGUAGUAAGAUCUAGCAAGAAAUAUUUAUAGCUGAUAUCAUAAUUCUCUUGGACAUUGGUAUCAUCGUCUCUUUGAAUUUUAUACAAGUUCUGUCAUACAUAUCUAUGUUACAAAUAUUUUAGUUACUAGGAUGCAUUUCUCCUGUUGUCUAUUCUAUUUUCCACAACUGUGACACCUUAGCCUUGCCCGGUUGAAAUUCUGCCCAAGUGUGGCUGGUCAGUAGCAUGGAUACUAAUUUGAGAUAUGUACCACCUUGCUAAUUUAAAGGGGGGUAGUCACAAAUAUAAAUAAAUACCAAAGGGCUCCCAAGGCAAUAAGGUCCUGCUGGCCCUUUUUGUGCGAAGCAAUGACAAAAGCAUAAGCAGCUUAAUGCAUGUGUCGGCAUACCAGUAUGUACAUUUGGUCUAGGCCAGUUGGAACCUUGUUGUGAUACAACAUAUUGGCUUCACUGUUUAAUCUAUGAAUCCUGUUUCUAUUAUAUCUGCACUACUUUAACCUCCUGUUUUCUGCAAGCUUUGUAAUCAGCAGCAUGCUGCACAGGUGGGAUUCGAAUGUAACUCAAACACGUGCUUUUACUGCACCAGUCUUUUGUGAGUGUAAUCUUGCCGGGUGUCCGUGUCUUUUCGGUAAUUUGUGUAGUAGACACAUGACUCUUAAUAGGACUCAGAUGACCAUGAAGUUCUGAAAUCAAUAUAUUUUUCAUCUUUUAUAUCUUCUUUGAAGGAUUCUUGUUAUCUGGUUCAGAUAAAAUUUGAUUACCGAGGUGCUGGGGUUGCUAUGUGUAUUCUUCUCUAUCUACAAUAGGUAGAGUGCAUAUAGCACGAGGCGUUGGGGUUACUCUCCAUGGAGCUCUUUAUAGAAGACAGAGAAAAGUGGCAGGAUAUAGCAGCAAAUGCCCCUACUCCGUUUCACCCUUCCAGGACGCUCUAGCACACAUUUUACUCCUCUAAGCUAGGGUUCGGUUAGGCAGUGGGCCUUGACCAGUAAAGCUGUGGCCAACCUUGACCUAUCCAGUUCACAAACAACAAGGAUUCAUGUUCAUGGGGGCGCUUACUCAGAGGGUUGUGCGUACUUCUAUCAAUGCAUCAAGUCGCAAAGCUUCUGCGUUUUCUCUGUGAAGGACCACAACAUUGUCUUGUGUGGUCAAUCUUCCAGACAUGCAAGUAUUGCGGCGCGGUUCUGUUUUAAAUGAUUGCCAUGGCAGGUUAAUCUUUUCCGUUUCCUAAUAUUCCUCGUUCACCUGGAUGCAUGCCUUAUUUUUGCCGAUUUGUAUGUAGGCUUGCAUGAAUUUGCGUGGGAAUGAAUAUAUUAUGGCACGAGCAGUGUUGUUAGUUGUGAGGUUUCCCCGAGGUGAUGUAGUCAGAUUUGUGCCCCAUCUCCCAUGUGGCUCCAUCCACGUGAUGUUUACUGGUAGCUAAAUCCUGAACCAACUUGUGGUGCCAAUUUGAUAUUAUACUGAAUCAAGCAGCGUGGAUCCUUAUGUUUGUUUCAGUCAGGAUGUGAUUGCUAUUGUUACGGUACUGAAUUCAGCCUCAGGCUAGUGGUAUGAGGUUACACAA